UUGUUCCUGCGUCUUCCUGUUUCAAUCAGUUGCGGUGUUACCUGGAGAAAUGUUUAAGAACUCGCAACCAUCCCAGGGCGGUCCAUGCCAAAAGCCACCAACCCCAAGUGGUCUUUUAAAGAAUAAAACCAAAUUCUGUAUAUUUGACAUAGAUUGGUAUUGGAACGGUUAUCUCCGUUCCUAUCUCAGAAGGUCGCCUGAGUUUUUUGGUGCUGUAUAUUCUAUUUAGUACAAUGAAAACAUAAAGCGUUUAUGGUAGCUGCGCUUUCAGGUCUCAACUCUAUGCACUGCAGAGCUAAGUGCUGUCCGAUAAUGAGGACUUGCAUGACAAUUUAUAAUUGUUUUCUCGUUAUCAUUUCAACCAGCAUCACGACCAUCCUUGUUAAUUUUAUUGUUAUUGGCUUCCUCGUCUCCCAUUGGGUGUUGAAUAGAUGGAUGUUGAAUUUCAUUUGCAUAUUGAUGCUGUUCUCUUAUUGAUAUUUUUUACGAUGCUAAUCUUGACUAGGAUGGUGCUGCAUAGAUUUACUCAGUAGAAUCCUAAGAUUCACUUUAGUGGUUCAGCUAUAGGCAGCUAAAGGAAAUUGAGUUGUUUUUGGUCGGCUGGAGAUCUGGCAAAUUCUGUGACGGACAAAUAAGUCAUCAAACAUGAUGGGUUGUCUAUUGAUAUUAGUUGCUUGCCUGGCAAAAAAUACCACUUUUGAUUCAUUUAUGUUCAUGUACUGAAGAGCAGUGUUUUUUUACUUGAAACACAAUGCGGAUACACAGUUAAACCUUUUGAUUUAGCUGCGUUUACUGGGGCGGAAAUUGCUAAUUGAACUAUUAAAUUCACUCUGCUGUCUUUCCGACAGAGUAACUCUGCCCCUGACCAUUGACAACAGCUGCUACUAAACCUCAGUCUAAAGUGCAGUUCUUGACAAACGCAAUUGAGUUUCAGGGACAGGUAUACAAACUUGCUACAGGAAUAUGAAUUCCAUGGCAAGCUGCUUUUGCUUGAAGAGAGCUGGACGUCCAACUCUUGAGGAGCACUCUAUACUUGCUUCUGAGACAUCUUUUACCGUGAAUGAAGUAGACGCUCUCUAUACUCUGUAUGAGAAACUAAGCAGCUCCAUCACUGAUGAUGGUCUUCUUCACAAGGAAGAUUUUCAGCUUGCUCUUCUUGAUAGCAGCAAUAAGCAUACUUUCUUUGCAGACAGGUUGUUUGAUUUGUUUGAUCUUAAGCAUAAUGGAGUUAUUGAAUUUGGAGAAUUUGUUCGUUCUUUAAGCAUCUUUCACCCAAGAGCACCAGAGGCAGACAAAAUUGCUUUUUCAUUUAAGUUGUAUGACUUGAGGUGCACUGGCUAUAUCGAACAUGAUGAGUUGAAAGAAAUGGUAUUGGCCCUUCUACGUGAAUCAGAAUUGACACUUCCAGAUGACGUUGUUGAAGCAAUCGUAAAUAAGACAAUCAUGGAGGCAGAUCUAAAAGGUGAUGGGAGGAUUGAUCCAGAAGAAUGGAAGGAAUUGGUGGCAAGGCAUCCUUCAGUGAUAAAAAACAUGACUCUUCCACAUUUAAAGGAGAUAACUUUGGCAUUUCCAAGUUUUGUGAUGAAGACGCGUGUUCAAGAUUCAGAGCUCUUCUCUUAAAAUGACAACCAACCGACCAAGCGUACCAAAUUCUAGUGCUCUCUCUAGUGGUGUAAUCAACGAGAAGCAUUUUCUUUUUGCAGGUUUUAAUACGCCAUCUAUCAGACAUUAAAAAACAUAGCCUGAUAUAAAUCAGUCGUCAAUUCACUAUCAAUCCUAUGUUAGGUAGUUUGCCAUUUUUAUCCUCCUGAACCAUCAGCAUAUGAUGCGUUUUUAAUUACUAUUGCUGUUUCUUAUCUGAUCUCAACUCAUAGAGCACCACGUAAUGGAAAAAUAUAUCUGCUUCCCUCGUUUAUUCUGAUC